AUGUCCGUAGCGACACAGGCCACUGUCGCCAGUCUACCAAGAUUGACGGCAGCAGAAUUGAGCGACAUUUUACUCAAGCAAGGAACCGACAGUCUGGAUGUGAAAAACGAUAUCACUGUUAUUGAUGUGAGAGAUGACGAUCACAUCGGCGGCCACAUUCGAAAUUCCCUCCACGUUCCUUCCGCUACACAUGCCACCGCAUUACCCUCUCUCGUCCACAAGCUACGCGAUAAACCAGUCGUUGUCUUCCAUUGCGCGCUCUCCCAAGUUCGAGGCCCCAAAGCGGCAUUACAAUACAUAAGAGAACGGGAACGGUUAGUUGGACCGGGCAGCACAAGAGUGACUGCUGUCGUAGACGAUGCGGAAGAGUUGGUAGUCGGGAAGAAAGGGCCUGGAGUAGGGGAAAUGCUGAAAAGAGAUCGGGAAGAGCAGUUGAAACGUGAAGAGAGAGGGGUUUUAAGGCAUGAAGUUGAGGAAGGAGAGGAAGGCUGGGAAGAUGUUGAUCGGGAGGGUCAGGUUGUUCAAGAUAGCCAGGCCGCAGGCGAUGAAAAGCAGAAGCAGAGGGUUUUGGUUCUGGAGGGGGGUUUUGUGGAAUGGCAGGCUGUACAUGGUGAGGAUGAACGACUGACAGAGGCAUACAGCAAGGAGCUUUGGAAGGAUGCAUAUUAG